AUGGCGACCGGAGUUGAGGAUGUGUUUACCAGGGACACCAACCAGCACUGGGAAAUGAAGCGCAAGGCUUCCUUUUCUAAACUAACUGGUGCCGUGCCCAGGACGAUACCAGGAAUGUACAACGUCGUAGAAGACCCGCAUGCGGACGAUAAAAAGGAGAAACUGUGGAAGCUGAUGGAAACCUAUCUUCCUUCUGAUGUACAUUCCAUCCAGAGAAGCAUAGUCAACCACGUGGAGUACACCCUAGCUAAGACCCGCUUCAACCUCGACCCGGAGUCGUGUUACCGAGCAGCUGCUUUCUCUGUUCGCGACCGUUUGAUUGAGACCCUCAAUGACACCAAUGCCUUCUUCCAUGAGAAGGACGUAAAGCGGGCCUACUACCUUUCCCUUGAGUUCCUCCUAGGUCGCGCUUUCCAAAAUGCGUUGGUUAAUUUGGACAUUGAGAAAAACUACCGCACGGCCCUUGCAGAUUUGGGUUUCAGUUUGGAGCAGCUCUACGAGUUCGAACACGACCCGGCUCUAGGCAAUGGCGGUCUCGGUCGUUUGGCUGCUUGUUUCCUAGACUCGAUGGCUACUCUGAACUUGCCUUGCUGGGGUUACGGCAUUCGUUACACGUACGGCAUAUUUGAGCAGAAGAUAGUGAAUGGACGACAGGUGGAGUACCCUGAUUACUGGUUGACUCUGUCGAACCCAUGGGAGAUCGAGCGGCCAGAUUGCACGUACGCCGUCCGCAUUUACGGCAGCGUUAAGGAGUAUAGGGACCCUCAGAGCGGACGCAUGCGCAGCAAAUGGGUUGGGGGCGAGAUAGUGCAGGCUAUGGCCUACGAUACGCCUAUUCCGGGAUUCGACACGUACAAUACGAUCAACCUACGGCUGUGGAAGGCCUGCCCGUCUAAGGAGUUCGACUUCCACUUGUUUGACGUCGGGCGUUACCUGGAAUCUGUGCGAGAACGGCAGAAUGCGGAGUCGAUUUCGGCGGUGCUGUACCCGAACGACAACACCAUGGAAGGAAAGGAGCUACGGCUGAAGCAGCAGUACUUCUUCUGCUGCGCCACAAUCCAAGAUGUGCUUCGUCGCUUCAAGAAAGUGCCUGGUCGCGACUGGAAGGAACUGCCGGACAAGAUUCAGUGCCAGCUGAACGACACACACCCAACCAUAGCCAUCCCGGAGUUGAUGCGGAUCCUGUUGGACGUAGAGGGCCUGGACUGGGACACCGCCUGGGACUUGACAAGGCGCUGUUUCAACUAUACGAACCACACUGUGUUGCCUGAAGCUCUUGAGAAGUGGUCUGCGGAUCUCAUUUCAAGACUCUUGCCCAGGCACUUGUUGAUUAUAAACGAGAUAAACUUCCGUUUCUUGAACGAGGCACGGUCCAUCUUUGGAGACGACUGGAACAAGAUUGGCCGCAUGUCGAUUUACGAAGAAGGCAACGAGAAGCGUAUAAGGAUGGCGAACUUGGCAGUGAUAGGUGGCCGACACGUAAAUGGUGUAGCAGCAAUCCACAGCGAGCUUGUGAAAAAGAACUUGUUCCCAGAAUUCGUCGAGUUCUACUCUCGCCAAGGAGUUAAUGAUAAGUUCCUGAACGUGACCAAUGGUGUCACCCCGCGCCGCUGGAUCUAUUGCUCGAACAGGGGCUUGGCGGAUCUUUUCAGCAACUGGCUGGGAUCGGACUCUUGGCUGAAGGAGCUGGACAUGAUUGCAGGUCUGAUGAACCACAUAGAUAACCCCUCGUUCAGGGCAGAGUGGGCAGCGGUGAAGAAGGAGAACAAGAAGAGGCUUGCGCUGUGGGUCGAGCAGCGCUGCAACGUGAAGCUUGAUGUGGACACCAUGUUGUUCGACAUACAAGUCAAGAGAAUCCACGAGUACAAACGCCAGCUGCUCAACAUCAUCUACAUUAUCCACAGAUAUCUCACCCUGAAACGUAUGCAACCAGCGGACAGGAGCAACAUGCUCCCUAGAGCGUGCCUCAUUGGGGGCAAAGCGGCGCCGGGUUACUACACUGCAAAGACCAUCAUCAAAAUGGCAAACAGCGUCGCGCAGAUUGUCAACAACGACCCAGAUGUCGACAAGUACCUCAAGGUUGUGUUCCUGCCCAACUACAACGUCUCGAACGCGCAAGUUAUAAUUCCGGCUAGCGAUAUAUCGCAGCACAUAUCCACAGCAGGCACCGAAGCCUCAGGCACUUCAAACAUAAAAUUCGUGAUGAACGGAGGCCUAAUUAUCGGCACGCUAGACGGAGCCAAUAUCGAGAUCAGAGAAGAGGGCGGCGAUGAAACCAUGUUCAUAUUCGGGGCCAAAGAACAUGAAGUUGACCAUAUCAGGGAGCGGGCACGCAACGGCUCCUAUCCCAUGGAUCACCGCAUGCGCGAGGUGUUUGACUGGAUUCGUUCUGGGGCUCUGGCUUGCGGCGACGACAAGUCUCAUGGAGAUUUCUGUGCGAUUUUGGACACGAUUUGCAACAACGGAAAUGGAAACAACGGGGAUUAUUACCUUCUUAUACAUGACUUCCCAGAUUACUGCAGAGCUCAAGACGAGGUCGAUAGGACGUACAGGAACCCAGACAAAUGGUGGCGCCUAUCUAUUAAGGCGGCGGCAUCCAUGGGCAAGUUCAGCACUGACAGAUGCAUGCGCGAAUACGCGGAGAAGAUUUGGGGCAUUAGCCGUUGCGAGCGGCCUCCUCCGGACGAAGUCCUACGGGCACGUUCAUUUGCGAACGAUAAGAAAAGUAAUGCUGGCCCUAGCCACGGCUUGAACCGAAGCAACAACAACAUUAACACCACGAGCACUAACACAAACAGUAAUGAAAGCAGCGGCACUGACAACCUUAGGGCGCCCGGGGAAAGUGAAAGUCAAAAGAGGGGGAAACACAAAAAGGAAAAUAAACAGGACAAGAGGGAGGUUGUUGUUGACUCGUGA